CCAUUACAACGCUAAUAUUUGAAAAUGGCGACGUCCAUGUCGCACUCCCGCUCUUCGACAACGAGCGAAAAACAUACAAAUGCAGCAAGCUCUGGUGAAAUAAAUGGACAUAAACAACCCAGCCAUGCUGACAAGAAAGGAUCUGAAUUUGCUGCAAAACAGUUCUACUCAAAUAAGCAUAUCACCCUGAAAAAUGUCAAUACCGUCCUCACUGAGCUAACUGGAACAUUGACUGAAAAUGGAUUGGAAAUUUUGGAGUUUGAUGAACAAAAUAAACAAGCAAAAGUUCAAUUCAAAGACUGUGACAAUGUGUUAGACGUGAUGGAGUACUUGUCAAGGUCAUUUGAUGUAUCAGUUGAAAGUUCAAAUAAACUUCUAUGCCUUGCACAUCUGCCAUCCACUUACACUGAUCAACAGUUGAGAGAGCUGGUUUCAUCACAUGGCAGUUUAUGUAAAUGUUUCAUGUACAGAUGUAGACAUUCAGGAGAAAGCCUUGGAUAUGGAUUUGUGGAGUUUGAUUGUACAAUAGAGAAAUCUAAACAGAUAGAGCUGGAGUUAGAUUGGAAAGAAGUAGACAGUCAUUCAAUACACUGUGAAACUGUUAACAUCAAUAUAUAUGACAAAUUGUGUUCUAAAUGUUUGUUGAUAGACAAUCUACCUAAGGACUUCACAGAUGUAAUGGCUCUACGGGAUAUCUUUAGUUGCUGUUAUAAACCUCUUUAUUGUCAGAUUGUAAUGAAAGACAAUGAAUCUCUAGGAUAUGGAAUAAUAGAAUACAAAACAAACCAAGAAGCUCAAAGGUCAAAGAAUAAACUGGAUAAUCAUGUGAUACAAGACCAACCAAUCAGAUUAACAUUCUGUAUUCCUGGAAAGCCAGGCAUCUUUUUAUGUUCAAAGAUUAUUUCCAAAUUUGGUAGUUGUGAUAAAACAGAACCACCAAAAAAAGGCUUGUUACCAGAUCCAAUUUUUAUGAAAGAUGAUUUGUUGAAGACACCUUUAGUCAGACAGCUCUGCCAACAGCAGCCUAAUUUAAUGGGUUGUUUUAAACAAGCAUUAACACAGUUACAACAGACUUACAUGAAUCAAGUGAACAGUUCUGCAAAACCAGGAUUGCUGGGGCCUGCACCUUCUGUUCAACUUAAUCCAUUGAUCAACCCUAGCAUGCAGCUAGGACUUAUAGUCUUAUUGGCAUUACAGUUACAGUCAAAGUCUCAAAACAAGAUAUUGAGUCCUCUGGAUUUGUUUGGUUUGGUUUUAAAUCAACAUACAAAACAGGAUGGACCAUCCUCUAUUCUUGGAGACCCUUUAGCAGUCCAGGCCAGUGCUGUUCUGAAAAAUCUGACAAGUCAGAUAUCAUCAGUGCAACCUUUGACCUCUAAUCCACCUGUCAAUCUUCAACAGAACAACGAACAUAACUCAUCCCUACUCCAGUCUUUGGCAUUAAACUUAAAAAAUAUAAACAUGAAUAUGUUAAUAAACCUAGGACAGUUAGCUUCCUCAAUACAGACUUCAUCUGGUUUGUUAGGGAGUGGACCACCCCAGCCAUUAAUGAAUGACCAGUCCCUUGUUAAAAAUGCCAAAGUCACGGAACAGAAACCCAAACCAAAAAGUUUAUUGGACUUGGAUAUGUCUAAUUACCAACAGAAAAUGUAUCCAGUUCAAGAUCGAAUGAAAAGUUCUGUGAAAGAAAACAUUCCAUAUAACAGGGGACCAGCUAUACAACAGGAAGGUGUCUUUAGUGCAAAUUCUGCCAAUAAUAGUAACAUGCAGACUAAUAGACAAAACUCUGGUAUGCAUUUAGAUCAGUAUGGCAACUUCACAUCACAAAAUGAAAGUAGACAUUACCCUGCAGCUUAUGACCAGAUAAACAAAGCUUCCUCCUUGCCAAAUGUUAACCAAGGUUUAUUACAUUCAUCACAGUAUGUAGACAAUGCCACUAAUGUCAAACCUUUGAUGACAGAUAUGUCCAGAUCACAGUAUGUAGAUAAUGCCACUAAGGUCAAACCUUUGAUGACAGGCAUGUCUAGAUCACAGUAUGUAGACAAUGCCACUAAGGUCAAACCUCUAAUGGCAGACAUGUCUAGAUCACAGUAUGUAGACAAUGCCACUAAGGUCAAACCUUUAAUGACAGAUAUGUCCAGAUCUCAUCUCUAUCAUGAAAAUAUGUCUCAAAACAGAAUUGGCCAAGUAUUUAAUGGAAACUCAACACAAGGUCAUGAUGAACCUGAUGGAUUGAUGCCUCCUCCUGCCUUCACAAAUAUGAUACAUCAGCUUCCACAAACAGAAACCACAUCUACAUACCAAAAUAGGUCAUCCAGGACAUAUGGGGAUAUGACUGAUCCGUAUAUGACUAACCAACCAAAUGGACCACAGUCUCUACUGACCAGAACAGCGUACCAUGAUGACUUGUUGAUGGCUGGUACCAAAAGAAGCAGGUCUCAAGCCAGUUCUAUCAGUGAUUUCUCUGACACAUACACCGAUCCUUCAUCAUUGUAUGACCAGUCCUACAGAUCUAAUGACUCCAUGUAUUCUGAUGGUGGAUUCUCUACAAGUGGAUAUUGUACACCUAUUGGUGUGAAAGAUGAUGGUUUAUUGAAAACACCAAUAGGACAGAAGAGGAGUUACAGCCACCUACUUCCUCCUCCAGAGGCCAGUCCAGAGGGUGAUUUUGUUGGUCAACAUUCACAAGGCAUUGGAGGACAUUAUGCUGAAUCAUACAGGAAACGUCCACGACUAGAUAGAGAAGAUCUUAAACUAAGAUACUGAAUUUUUCGUACAAAAAAAAAUAUUUUCAAAUUUUCAAAAGAUUAAUGAAUAAAUUGUUUUUGAAAUACCAUAGAACCUCUUUUAUAAAAUAGGAAAUGAUUUUUCAUUGAAGAAAGAAGUAUAUUUAAAGAAUUCCAUAUACCUUUUGUGUGUGCCAUAUAUAUUUUCCAAAUUAUGAUUAGGUUACAUGAAAAAUUCAUGCUAUAUAAAAUUUCAGGGUAAAAUAACUAGAUUUUUGUAACAAAAAAAAUGUGAAUAAAUUCAUACACUAAUUACAUUGUAUAUGUAGAGGGGUAAUAUUUAUAUUAGUCUACAUUUUCCUGGGAUAUAGGACAAUUAAGUCUUGCCAUAUCAUAUGAAGAAUUCACAUUGUCUUAUCACAUGCAUUGCAAAUUUAAGGUUCCCCAUCAUUUGUUAGUUGUAUUCUACAAUAUUACCCUUUUGUCUUAAAAUGAUUUUAUAGUACAUUUGUACAUGCAACAGAAUUAAAAAGAAGCUUCUUUUUUUGCAUUUGAUUAAGUUUAUGUAAAAGUAUACAAAGUAAAUUCAAAACAUUUAAAUAAAAUGUGGUUUUCAUUUCAGACAAAGAAAAGGGGAGGGGUUGUUUUGGAUUUUGAUAAAAAAAAAAAAAAAAAAUAUUAAAAAAAAUAGGUGUCUGAUUUUCUAAAAAGUAUAAAAUUGGUUCAGAUGCAUUUUCUUUACAUUAAGGUUUAUGUUCACUUUUUCAGUUGUAUAUAACCAUCUUUAUGUAUUGACACAAUAUUUUCUACAAGAUCUGAAAGUUUUAGACUUGAAUAUGGUUGUUAUGUUUUCAAAAUAUUUAUUAUCACGUUAUACUUAAAAGGAUCUAAAUUCUAAAAGUUUGUGUAGUUUCCCCUAGGGGCAUGUGAAUGCUUUAUGUUUGAGAAAAAAAAACCACUAUUUUCUGGCUUUCAGUUGUUUAUUUUAAGAUAUUUCAUGUUUUAGUGAUUGUUGUGUUUUUUUAUUAUUUAAAUUGUAUAUAUGGGAAGCAUAUCCCUUUGUAUUUUUUUUCUUUUCUGUUCUUCUCUCACUUUCUUUCUAAUUAAUAUUUUGUGAGACAAUUUCAGUUGUACAUAUUUUUAGAUGUCUCUCUGUAUGUUUUUUUAAAUAGUUUGCAAUCCAUUUAUUGUUUAUUUAUCAUUGCAUAUAAGAUAUUUGAUAACACUUUGUUAUUGUAAAAAUGUAUCUUAUUUUGCAGAAAUCAUUAAAUAGUCACUUUUGCUGAUCAUUUAGUUUAUAGAAAACUUAUACAUUGGUGAACCUUUACCCAAGAAAUUCAUGAAAAGGAUCUACCCACAAGCAAUAAUGACACAAAAAUGAAAAUUUCUUGAAAUAAAGUAAAACUCUAUUAUAUCCUACAAUAAAACAGUAAAAUACAGUUCAAUUUAAAGUUUUCGUGUGGCAGGUUUUAAAAAUGUUGUUACACAACUACAAACCAUAGAGUGCUUCUUAAAAUAGGGAUAUUUUUAUUACCAUCAAAAUUGAAAUAUUUGUGAAAAUAAAAUUAUGUUUUCAAUAAAAGAAAUUAUUGUUAGAAAUAUUUUCACAUCUUUGGGUAUUAAAGCAUGGAGGACAUGUUCAAGGAGCCUGCACAAUGAAUUAAGGAAUUCUCUUGACACAUAUUCUCACAUUGAAAUGUUUGUGUCAGGAAGGGGAGGUAACUCAUGAAAACAUAACGAUGCAUUUAACAGUAUUAAAUAUAAUCAACCGACAUAGUAAAUAAAAUUUGUAUGAUAAUUAAAUUUUGUUUUCUGUAUAUAUUACAAAAAGUUUAAAACAUUUGAUAUGGAAUUAUGUUGUGAUAUUUACAGUUGUAUUAAUAAAAGAGGUGAAAAAGAUGAUAAUUGGAUUAUUUUAAUAAACAAAAACAAAGUCAUCAUCACCAUAUGUAAUUUUCCUGUACUGUUAGGUAUAAAUAAAUGUUCACCAGUAUAGUGCAUUUUUUGACUGCAUCCUUUCAAUGUUUAUUUGUGAUUUUCUAUUUAUAUUUCUGGUAUUAAAAGUUCAAGCUUGUUUAGUUAUCAAUUUUGUUAUGUUGAGAAUUUCUAAUGAAAUAUUUGUCAUAAUCAGUGCUGUAAAAAUAUUUGUGUAAGUUGUUCUUAUUUUUCAAACAAUGUCUUACUAUGAGUUUGAGGGAGAACCUUUUAGUGCUCCCUGCCUUUAGUGCUUGCCAAAUGUUUUAAAAUUCAUGCAUUUUCAUAAAACUUCAGUUGUUUUUCAGUCAGCUGACAAUUGAUGAGGUUUCAAUUUAAUUUUAUUUUGUUUAUGAAGAUUUAUAAUACCUCUACCAACAUGUGUUCUAGAACAAUGCUCUUUUAAAAACUAAAAAUAAAUCAUAAACAAAUGAAGUAAAUAUGAAUUGUAUCAAAACUUUGACUACUUAAAUAAGCUAAGAAAUUCGUAUUUUUUCUAAUUUAAUACAUAUUUUGUCAUGUCUUAGUCUCCUUGUCCCUCUCCUUUUAAACAGACCAAAAAAAUCAAACUAAAUUAUUUUUGUGAACCCACAAUGAACCAAGGUUUCCACUAAAACAGGAGUCAUAGUCUCUUCUUUUAUCUAAUUGGUGAGUUAAAAGAUGCAUAAACAUUGUAUCUGUUUAGUCCAUACUAUUUAAUUGAUAUUAAAUAAAGUCAAAGGAAAGUUUAAAAAUUAAUCUUAAUCUGAUUAAUUUUAUCAUUUUUUUAAGUAAUGAAUUUAGGCAUUGCUAUUUAUUGCUAAAUACAAAAUGUACCUUAAUGAGAAUCUUUGUUUCUUUUUAUGAUUUAUAAGUACUGUAUUUAUGUUGACUUUGUCUGGGGAAAUGAUAUGAAUGAGGCCACUAUUUUUGUGUAUUUCAUAUUUCAAGUAAAUGCAAGUUUUCAAUGGUAUUUUUUUAGCAUAGAUUAUUAAUCACAGAAACAGCACAUAUGUGCCACCAUAUAUAUUUUUUUUCAUACAAUUUUCAAAGAAAAAAAAGAUUUAUAUAAGAAAAUAUAUUGAACAUAAAUUAAACUUUGCUACAACAGAAUUGUUACUCUCUGUUAACCUGAUUUGUCAGUCUAUUUUAAAAAAACCUAUUUUAAUUAGAUUUGUGUUUUGCAUAUUUUAAUUAGAACUGUUAUUUUUUUUUAAAGGAUAGAAGUCAAAAUUGUUCAUAUGCACUGAAUACAAAAGAUAUUAUUUUUUAAAGGAGUUUUAUUUAGAUAGUUUACCAUUGUUCACUUUCUGCAAAAUAUUUAGAUCAGCUGUAUAGUAUUCUGUAAAUUCAGAAAUUAUUGCGAGGGUUUUAGUCAUUGAGAAUUAUGCAAUUGGAAGAGUAUGGCAAUAAUUAGCUGUGGGAUCGUAGCUCUUAGGUCCUUAUGUUAUUUUUUACUAUUUAUGGUCCGUAACUUAAAAAAAAAAAAAAGGA